AUGGUCGCCCUUUUGAAAGAAAAGGUUGAAGAUGACAGUGAUGCAGAGACCUUUGGAGAAGAGAAUGAGGAACAGGGAAAUUAUUCUAAAAGAAAGAUAGUCUCUAACUGGGAUCGAUAUCAAGAUAUUGAAAAAGAGGUCAAUAAUGAAAGUGGAGAAUCACAACGGGGGACGGACUUCAGUGUCCUCCUCAGCUCUGCAGGGGACUCAUUCUCUCAGUUCCGCUUUGUCGAGGAGAAGGAGUGGGAUGGUGAAGCGUCGUGUCCAAAACAGAAUUCGGCAUUUUAUGUGGACUGUGAGUCAUUGGUUCGCGCCCUUCAAGAACUGCCUCUCUCGCUCCGACUCAAUGUCGCUGCUGAAUUGGUCCAGACCACUCUUCCUUUAGAGCUUCCUCAGGUGAAACCAAAGAGAAAUGAUGAAGGCAAGGGACGAGGGAUGCAGUUAAAAGGGCCCUUGGGGCCUGGAGGAAGGGGGUCUGCUGAGCUGAAGUCUGUUGCUGCUGGCUGCCCCAUGUACCUGGGUAAAGAUAGCCCAGGUCCCACAAAGGGUUCCCGGGAACCCACUGGCCCACUGCAGUCAGCAGCAGGCCCCUUGGAGGAAGAGUUAGAUCUGCUGCUGAGUUUAGAUGCACCUAUAAAAGAGGGAGAGAACAUCUUACCAGACCAGACAUCUCAGGACCGAGGAUCUGAGAAAGAUGGGGAGGUGGCCCCAGAAGAAAAAGCUCCUGCAGAGCCCUCUGUGGUGGAAGAAAAGAACGUGGAACCGGAGCAAGCAAGUACAUCAAAAACUGUUACCGAGGAAGAGCUCGAAGACUGGUUGGACAGCAUGAUUUCCUAA